GGCGGUGGGGCGGGGCUGUGAGAUUACAGCAGCAUCUCUCUCACUCCGCAGAUCCAUCAGACAUCUGGAGCAGCCCUACCCGGGAAUCAGACCCCUGAGCAUCGAACGCUGACACCCUCCACCGACUCACGCCGGUGUUCGCAGUCUGUUUCCCGACACGUAUCCACUCUUCGGUGUUGCUGUGGUGGCUCUGUGGGCUGCAUCUCCGGAGGGAGGCUGCUGCGCUCCGGAGAGACGGACGGUCCGUUUCUGCCAGUGAAAACACGGAGGUACUAAGCCUAAACCCGGGAGGAUGGUGAUGGACUGAGCUGAUCCGACGUCUGAGAGGUUUUUAGGGCCCGAUGGAAGCUGCGACACAUCUGGACCUGGAGCGUCUGGAUCCCGGCUCCAGCUUCAGUCUGGAUUAAAGAGCCGUGCUCAUCACCGGGGGUUCGGUGUAUUUGUUUUCUUCUUUUAGUUUUUGCCCUUUCCUCACAGAUAAACGGUCCUGAUUGAGAGUUUGAAGGAGCAGGCGGAUCCCCCUCCUCCUCCCCCCCCCUGCUGGUCUGGAUUAAAGCCCAUCAGGAUCAUGAAUCAUCCCCCCUCCGUGACUCUAAUCUGGGUUUUACCGAGCUGGAUUUAAAUCUGAGAUCUGAUCAGGAUUACUCUGUUCCUGGUUCUGAUCGGGUCACAUCUGGCCCGGUCUGAACCGGUCCCGGAACUGGUGUGAUCUUUGACUCGGUCCCGGUCUUCUUGGUGCUGGUUUGGGGGAGGUCUGCUAUCAUCAUGCCGACGUCCCGGCCUGGUUCGGAGCCGGUGGAGUUCUGGGUGGACGGAUCAAGGCGGGACGGGACUGUGGAGGAAUUCUACACCCUGAGCUCGGAGCUGGGCAGAGGAGCGACUUCUAUUGUGUAUCGCUGUGAGGAGAAACAGACCCAGAAGCCCUACGCUGUCAAAGUCCUCAAGAAAACGAUUGACAAGAAAAUUGUUCGCACCGAAAUCGGCGUUCUGCUGCGUCUUUCUCACCCAAACAUUAUCCAGCUGAAGGAGAUCUUUGAGACAGACACAGACAUUGCUCUGGUGCUGGAGUUGGUGACUGGAGGAGAGCUCUUUGACCGGAUUGUGGAACGUGGCUACUACAGUGAGAGAGAUGCCGCUCAUGUCAUCAAGCAGAUUCUGGAGGCUGUGGCGUAUUUACAUGAGAACGGUGUUGUGCAUCGUGACCUUAAACCAGAGAAUCUGCUGUACGCCGACCUGUCUCUGGAUGCUCCGCUGAAGAUAGCUGACUUUGGUCUUUCAAAAAUCGUAGAUGACCAGGUGACCAUGAAGACAGUCUGCGGUACUCCGGGGUAUUGCGCUCCAGAGAUCCUGCGGGGAAAUGCCUACGGCCCUGAGGUGGACAUGUGGUCGGUGGGCGUGAUCCUCUACAUCCUACUCUGUGGGUUUGAGCCUUUCUUCGACCCAAGAGGGGAUCAGUACAUGUAUAGUCGCAUCCUCAACUGUGACUAUGAGUUUGUUUCUCCGUGGUGGGACGAGGUCUCCCUCAAUGCUAAGGAUCUGGUCAGUAAGCUGAUUGUCCUCGACCCUCACAAGCGCCUCAGUGUCGGGGAGGCCCUGCAGCACCCCUGGGUGCUGGGCAAAGCUGCCCGGUUCUCUCAUAUGGAUACUACCCAGAGGAAACUACAGGAGUUCAACGCUAGACGCAAACUUAAGGCGGCCAUGAAAGCUGUCGUGGCCACAAGUCGGAUGCAUGAAGGCUCGCGGCGUCGCACAGACAGCUGUGACAUUCCAGGUUCAGGGGCUUCCAGGCAGAGCAGCAUGCAGCAGGACCCGCCUCCUGAGUCUGCAUGCUCCACCCAAAAAGACAAAGAGGCUCCACCUCCUGACCAGCAGUUGCCACAGGAAGUUGAAUCGAAGUCUGCUGACCCAAACACCCUCAGCCCCUCUCCUCCACACAGCCCCAAACUACCCAGCUCUGAUGUCACACCCGCAGGGCCCAUCCCCACCAGACCGCCACUGCGCGCUGAUGGGCUGCGACAAGUAUCUGUAAUCCCUAAAAGCAUGCUGGUCCAACCCCGGCUGCCGCAGAAAAGCUGCUCUGUCAUAGAGCCAACCCCCAGAGUUGGGGCCACACCCACACUGGGCUCACCCCCGAGUCCCAACAACCUCAGCAAUGGCUUCACAUCUGGGGCGGAGCCUACCAGUAAGACCACCCACUGCCAGUGAUCACAUGGCAAAAUUAAAAAAAAUUCUCGACUCUGCUUCAGUUUCACACAGAAGUAAAAAACGUUCAGCUUUCAGCAGCUAAAUGAACUUAUUUGGACCAAAUUACAGUAAACCUAAAAUCUGCAGCUCACAUUUAACCCGCAUCACCACACGUCUGGGAUCUCUUUGGCUUACAUGCUAACAGAUACGGAUUCAUGGAGGGGUCGCUGGACAUUUCUGAAGAUGGGCAGGUGUUUUAUCUUCUGUUUUUUAGUAUAAAGGCCUUCGAUUAUUUAGGAGAAGUAAAAAUAAUUUCCCCCAUUAGCACUCGUUUAUGUGAGGGUUGACUAAAAACACAAGAAAUGUAAUAAAUGUGAAUUGUCUGUUAAGCACUUCAAUCUCAGCAGCACUGUCGAGCUUGUUUGCUCAUUUUCACUGAGACAGUGGACGUGUUAAGCUAAGUCAGUGACAAAUAACCAGCAUGCUGGGGAGCAGUUAUCAAGGCCGUGCACAUUUGGACCUGAGGGUGUGUUAGCAUUUAGCUCACCCACUACAGCACUUCAUCAAGUAGCUCUGAAUUAUUCAGCACAUCAGCAAGACUCAAUAUAUUUUUGCAAAGACUCAACAUAUUUGGAAAAAAUUCGAAUAAUAAAAUAACUCGUAAGAGCUACAAUUUAUUUGUCUUACCACAGAAAUGAACCAAAGACGUGUGUGUUUACAACCAAAAUGAAGCACUCGAUCAGUGACACUGGACAAUGGCGUCUAUUAUCACACCUUCUUACUUACAACUGGUAUCAAAAGGGAGCUAUUAUUUUUUAAGUUCUUAUUUUUUGUUAUUUUCUGUAAUAUGUUACAGUUUGAGCUGUCAAUUUUAAACAUGGCUAACAUUUCAAAUAAAAAGGUGAAAGUAUGUAAAAGUUAUCCAUAUAUGCAAAAAACUCAGAACUUAAAACUGUUUUCUGCUGUUUUUUGUAUUUCUUUUUAAAUGUAUUAAUUUUUAAUGUUCAAAAUCUUUAUGUUUUCAUCUGCUACAGGCAGUACAUGCUUACCUAGUGUCAGGCUUACAGAAGUUAGCAGAUUUGAAGAAAGUGUUUUUUGGGUGGGGGUGUGGGGGACGGAUGAAUAGCUCAUUUCCGACAGGAUGAAUUGAGGAGUAUUUUAACUCUGCUAACUCUGCACUUACUAUCUCAGUUGUAGAGAUUUGGGGAAACUUCAGAAUAAAUAGGCCACUGUGGCUUUCAAAGUAAACUUUAAUGGAGCACACAUUAGAAAAGUAAAAACUAACACCCAGAAAGUUUCUGGAUUACUGCAACUAAAUGCAGUUAUUGACUGAGCAGUUUAGUAAUACAGAGUUUUUAAUAACCCAGAUUCACCAACAAAAUCUGCAUCUAACAUCAAAGAGGUUAAUCGCCGGAGAAAUAAACGACAGGUUUUCUUCAGGGAGGAAAAAAGUGCUUCAUUUUUGCUGCAAACAUUUAUUUUGGUCUUUGCAGACUCCCACAUUAAAGGGACAUUACAACAUUUUGCACCAAACACUUUUGCUAAAUUUGACUAUGACUCACAUGUCCUACAGUUAGCCUAGCAUAGCAUAAUACUGGCAAUAAAGAAGCAGCUAGCUUUAAGUCCACUUUCCACCACCUUCAGACUUAACAGCCCAGAUCUCGUAAACAGACUUGGACUGCUAUCAUGUGGGCUUGAUGAAUGUAUCCGGUACCUGAGGAAUUAGGAUCAAAUUUUGACUCUGUUUCUUUUCUUUAGCGUUUCUGUGGUAACAUUCGGGUGAGAUCUGGCAAAGAGCUGACUGUUUGUGGGCCUAGAUUGUGAUUGUGCCUGCUGUGAUUUAGAUUUGCACCACAACUUGGGUUUAACAAAAUCAAGUUCAAGUCCAACAUUCAGAUAAUGUAUGGAUUCCCUAACUGAGUGGCACCGCAGGCCGACCUUUACUGCAGCUAAACAUUUAACAAUCUAAUUGAAAAGAAAAAGGAAUUCGUUCAAUUUCCACAAAGAGGCAAUAAUCAAUUAUUUCUAUCCUAUCCCAGGUUUAAUGUUCAUGCUUUCUGUCUGUUGGCAGGUGUAGGUGGAAUUUCCUCCAUACUUAACACAAAAACAUGAAACUGAAAUCCAUGCUGAUCUUUUCCUUUAAGUCCUGAUCUGGGACAAACUGAGACUUGAGUAUUAUGUUUGGGCUUCUUCUUCUUCUCCUGACGCAGAAAGCGGACUUUUCCUGUGAUGCUCAGGACAGAGACUGAUUGUAUUUUAUUAAACGUACACAAUGACUUGGCGCUCACCUGCAUGAACGGAUGCUCUUUAUUCAUGGACAAGGAGAGAGAGCGCAGCUUCAUUUCUCGGCUUUUUCUUCUUCUUCUGCAUCCCUUUUUUUAGCAUGCGCGCUCAGACGCUUCAGACUUUCAUGUUGCUGUAAAACUCUGAGUUUUUUAAUCCUUUUUACUAUUUACCGCCGACACCCGCUGCCGUGAUUACGCAGCUGUAUGAGUAAAUAGAGUUCCUCCAGUGUGUAGCGUUCAGGUAAGUAACUCGUGUUUGUGAUCUUCUCGUAAAAUGUUGUGUUGUUUACACUUUAUCAGCAGUGACGAUGCGAUCUUAUUUGCACUGUACAUACUGUAGUUUGGUUUUAGACAAGUUAUUACUAACAUCUUUACUGCUCGACUCACUAAGAAACAUGUUCAGUGUUUAAGCUCCCAAAUAUACCAAAUUUGACCUUCGUGGAAAAUAAACCCCUUUCAUCCGAUCUAAAACCACACGUUCUACCUCUUUUUGUACAGGGGCUUCCAAAAUGAAAUGAAAAGAUGCAGAUCUGGAAAGAAAAUGAGAUGAGACAAGAAAGAUCCAAUUUACAUUUACACUUAAAGUUAUGGUGGCCAAGACAGAACCAACAGAAAGUCUGAGAAAACACAAGCAAGCACUUUAAGCCAGCCAACAGUGCAUGCUACCUAGCAGGAAACAUUAUACUGUUUGCUGGUUCCACAGUAGUUAAUCACUGUGAGGUUUUGGAGAUGUUAGAGGAGUUUGUAAGAACACUACAUUGGCUACCGAGCGGUUUCUCAAACAUUUUGUUUGAUGUGUCCAAUCUCCACUCACGACACCACAGCAUAUUAGUCAACAAGUCCUGAAUUUAUCACGAGCCAGUGCAGGAAAUUCCUCUUAACUGACCGCACAUAUGCUCACACAGAGCAAUUCAUUUGUUUGCUUAAUCACUGAGUGAGGCUGGUCAGGAGGCUCGCGAUGAACUGGCUGCUUCAGAUGUUGUUUAUCAGCAUCUGAUAGCAAGGCCACGAUCUCCAAAAAAUCAUGGAGAGCCUUGCCAAGAUGUCCAAGCCGGGAUGCCUCUUACUUCAUUGUUUUCUGCAUUCGUUCCUUGUCUCACUGCAGGCAAGCAGUUUUCUUGUACUGCAUAUCGUUAGCUUCAUAGCAUAAGUGCCUAAGUCAUUUUUUGGUCAAAUUGAGAUUUUUGCCUAACUUUACUCCCCUACCACUGCUGCAUCAUCCUGUCCGUCACAAAAAAAAUGACUUAGGCACUUAUGCUAUGAAGCUAACGAUAUGAAGAAUGGACACGACGUUGGUUUUUUGAAUAGAUGAGAGGGUGGAUAGCUCAUGUAUCAGCUGACACUAGCAAGCUUGGUUCGUAAGCUGCAUCCACCUGCUGUAAGGUGAAUGAUGCAGUAUUCUCUCACUGCGCUUCUGAAAGUGAAAGAAGGAUGCUCAACUGCAUCUGAAUGACAUCAUCUACAGUUGAAUCCGCCUCCACACUGACAAGCUGUUUCUCAGCAGAGAGCUCAGUCCACAGUGAACCGCUUCACAUAAAACCAGUCCAGUCUCUACUUUAUCGAGACGUUUUCACUUUGCAAACAGCAAACCUGCAUCACAGCAUCAUGUCUGGAAGAUAACUAAAGCUAAUAUCUCACAGCUUUGAUUCUCAGCGGUUAAAUCACCCACACAGACGCCCUGCUGAUUUUAGGAUCAAAUCUUUUAUUUUAAAAGAAGCUAAUUAUGUCUGCAGCACACCAGGCUGGAUGAACGUCAUUAUAUAUCAAAUUUGUAAAUAAUAUUAAUAUGUUGAAGCAAUCCAUAUAUCUGGUAUGUGAUUUAGCUAUCUUUUGAUUCUUUUGGCUCAAUUCUUUUCAGAACUGAGUUAAAAGAAUCUCAUUUUAAAGCACUUUAAGAAGAAACGUGAAGAGAUGCAGUAAAGUCUCAUUAAGCAGUAAACUGUGGUGUUUACAGCUGCCUAAAGGUCUCUGCUUUGUGUUCUGUCUCAGCCACCAUACAAAAUCCUAGAUUAUGAAGAGGAGCACAUUUGUUCCUGAAGGGCUUUUCUUUUUUAAAGAGGAACCACAGCUGUAACCAACACUGCUCCCAAAAUUGAUGAAAGCUGAUGAAUGGAUGGACAUGCUGAUCACAAGCUUACCAUCUCAUAAAUUCAACAGUCUGUCUAAUCGCUGUCCCAUAUUUUAUUUAGAUAAAAAAUAUAUUUGCAUUUAUGCAUCAAAUCAUUCUCUUCAAUUCAGACCACUCACCCGGGUUUUCACAUGGUUACAUGGGAAGUAAUGAAUCAUUAAAAAGGAAAUAUCAAACCUUCAGUUUCAGACUGUCAGUCACAAAACAUAUAUUUUGGAUUUGAAUUUCAGUUUGUGAUUUGGUUCCUCUUUAAACCAUUCAGUUAAAGCACGAGUUUUCCGUUGGACAGAUGUGUCACAGCUGGAUGCCACGUUUACCUGAGCACAGGUGUUUAAAGCUUCUUGCCAGACGGAACACACUGGAUAACUAGCAGUCGCGGUGAACGCAUGUAACUGUAUAUUUGAUUUAUAUCUAUACGCUUCUGUAAGAACAUGAACAUUUUGCUUCUAUUUAUCUAGCCUGUUAGAGAUUUGCAGGGUGGGGUUGAAGUGGGUGGGGCUACAACUGUAAAUGGUAUUUGUUUUGUGUUUGAUGAGUAUAAUUGUACCUUUUUUUAAAGAUUCUGACAGCUGACAUAUAAAGUGACAGUGUAACAGUCUGAGCUGUUACACGUGUAUCUUUGCAUGUAUUAUUUAACUUCCUUUGAUCACAUCAGAUUGAAGAAGCAAGCAGGGAGUUUGAAUCCUGCAGGACUCUGUAACAGCUGCUCAGCUGAUCUGAGGUCUGUUUGAAUGAACUUUUGCUGCAGGAUGUUUCAGGCAGGGUUUUGCAUCACAUGUACAGUAAAGGAUAUGAAUCACU